GUGAAAAUAACACACACCUUUCUCUCUGUCUCUCCCCAAAAGGGAGCUUUUUUCGCUUUGCCCGGCAAAAAAGCUUCCAUUUUGCACAUAUUUUUGUGUUUGUGUGUGUGUUUAUUUGUGUAUAAAUACCCAAUUUUAUCUAUUAUCUUCACCGUCUCAAUCUACAGGGGAUCACGAACUGGGAGGAGCUCCUAAGGAAGGUUUUUCGAGUAGAGCCCUAGUUUCGAUUAUUGGAGUUUUUGUUUUGGGAGCUGAGGUUUAUGGAGCCGCCCACGCCUGGUUCUCAGUUCAUCACCCGGAAUUCCAAGAAAAGGGUCUUUCCGGCUGGAAGCUCAUCAUCAGGGCUUAAGGCGGCGGAGGUUUUGGAAGAGACGGCGUCUGGUAAAAGAAUUGCAUCUUCAUUCAAGUGUAAAGAGGCUUCUUUUGUUCCUGAAAUAAUAGAUGUCGAUAUAGAAGAAGACUGUACAGAUGUCAUGCUUAAUGACCAAGCUGACAUAAAAGGCAAAGGCAAGGAUAUCCCGUUCAAUAUUUCAGCAGACUUCAGUAAUUUAUCUAGCAAUGGAUCUGGGAGUGACACCAAAAACUCGAAAGAAAUCAUCAAUUUAGACGAACCCAACUCGAAUUUGUUUUCGGGAGAGGAAGAUUGGAUAAACACAUACUAUGAUACCAUGACAUAUGAAGACCAUUCGAAUUCGAUUUUGCAAUCAAAGUUUGAUCACACUAACUUAUCGUCUGGGGUCGAACUCGAAGUCCCCUUUCCCUGGCUGCAAAGCUCUCUUCAAAACAUUACAAAUAAUAUUCCAAAUAGUUCGACUCUGAAAGUCAACUCAAAUAAUGGGCCGAGUCUUGCUUUCGGCCCUAGCUCGUUUGACUCUAAUAAUAGCCAGGCGGGCAAGUGGAUAACAGGUACUCCAUUUUCAAACCCAGGCGUUGAUUGGAAGGCAUGGGUUAAUACUUAUAAACCCCAGAAUAAUCCUUUCUUCUCAUUUGGAAAGAAUAAUAAAAUGGAUGCCUUCUCGUCAAAUGUAUAUCCUCCCAUGGCUAACCAAUUUUCUCCGAGCAUGAUUAAUCGGGGUAUAAUGGGACCUUCUGGAUUUAUGCAUGCAAGUGCUUAUGGGCCUGGGAUGAAUUAUUUUGCGAGUGAUCAGAAUGUACAGACACCUGUUGUGGUGCAUAAGGAUUUGGAUGAGAUUAAGAGGAACUUUGAAGCUUUUAAAAAAUUCGAUACUGUUGAGGAUUUUUCGGAUCACCACUUUGCUAAAAUUAGUACUGCAAAACAGGUGUCUGUCGAACUUCAGGGAAACCACCAAAGAACUGGGCCAAGAAAAUACAGGAAGAGUGGAAGAUUCUUGAGAAAGAUUUGCCUGAAAGUCCAUUACCAUUCGGGUGGCCUUCGGCUAAAUCCCAACCUCUACAAUUGUGGUAAAGUGUGUUUGAGCCUUCUCAACACUUGGAAUGGGGGAAAAGAAGAAAAAUGGCUGCCAAAUGUCUCGACUAUGCUGCAAGUCUUGGUCUCGAUCCAGGGACUUAUCCUGAAUGCUAAGCCUUACUAUAACGAGCCUGGAUAUGCGAGGUUAAGCGGCACCAAAGCUGGAGAAAAUGGGGCUUUGGAAUAUAACGAGACAACGUUCCUUUAUUCCCUGCGAAGUAUGGUGUACACUAUGAACAGGCCUCCAAAGCACUUUGAGGCUUUUGUGUCGGGUCACUUUGUGAACCGAGCUCGUGAAAUUCUGGUCUCGUGCAAGGCCUACCUGGAGGGGGCCCAAGUGGGUUGCCUGGCCCGUGGAGGAGUCCAAGAUGUGGAUGAAGGGGACAAGAGCUGCUCACAGACUUUCAGGGCCAGCCUGGCGGGCUUCAUGGCCACGCUUGUGGACGGGCUCACGAGGACAGGGGCCAAAGGCUGUCAUGAGUUUCUGCCCCAGGCCCAGAAAAGAUUUGGGCCCACCUGGGCCCAAGGGUUUAUGCCAUUUGUUAAGAAAGAGGACACUCAGGCAGAGCUUGUGGCUGCUACUACCUACAGCUGGUUGCAGAAUAAGGGCUGAAAGGGGACNAAGUAUAUCAACUCUAUAUUUUUUGUUUCAAUUUAAAAAUAAUGAUUUUGUUAUUCUGCUUAUGGUGAAUGCUAGGUUAAAAUAUUGCUUGUUUGGCGCUCGGCUUGAAUGUGAUGGGUUCAGAUUUUGCUCGAGUUCGAGUUAAAUAUUUUAGUCAAAUAAUGUUAGCUUAUUUUGUAU